GUUGUAAUCAUGUAAAUAAUCAUGUCUUCAACAGAAAAUCCGAUUACAUCGUCUUCUACAACAACUGUAGCUCCUUCUGAUACCAGCGUUGAAGAUCACAUUUGCAAACUGAUCUUAUACCAUGAAAUACCAAAUACUAAGAUACGUUUAUGGGAUGCGAUCAUUUUGUUUCCAAAUCUCAUUUUCCUUUUGUUCCUACUCAUCAGAUUCAACAGAGCACGUCUCAAGCUAAGGGCUACAAAUAGCCCGAUUUACUUCGCGUUUUACUGUUUAGUUGUUGUAAAUGUUAUAAUUAGCAUUUCGAGAUGUCUGGUUUCCAUGGUGGUUAAUUCUACGACAACAUUCGGAGGAUACACAGAUGUAAUAUUAUGGGUUAUCGUCAGAUUUUUCCUACUGUCGACCGAAAUCAGCGUAAUAAUAUUCGGUCUAGCUUUCGGUCACUUAGACAGUGCAACGAGUAUUCGUCGCGUAUUACUAGUCACAUCUUUCGUAUCGUUUGCGUAUUCGGUUUGUCAGGGUUCACUCGAGGUAUUAGCGCAUGAUGAAAUUUUCCAUGUGUCGUCUCGUGGUUUACUGUUAUUUGGACACGGUGGCGUAUUGUUCUGGUUCGUGAGCUCUAUUAUAUUUACCAUGUUGUACGUGUUUAUAUUGUUGCUACCUUGGACUCCAUUAAGAGAUAAGUUGGCUUUACCUGCAAAAAGAUCUUUUUACGUGUACGUUGCGAUACUGCUGACACUGAAUUUAAGCUGUUCGUUUGGAGGUGCUCUAUUACUGGUUAAUGUGAAAGAAGGAUUAUGUGUUGUAGAUAUCACAACCUGCGUCUAUUUCACUUUUUUUACUCCGCUGGUUUAUUACACCUUUCUCAGCGAUGUUUUCGAAGUAUCUCAACCGAACAUCAACUUCUCUUAUAAAUAUCAAACAGAUGAAGUCAUAGAAGAUGAUAACGUGUCAUUACCUCAUCAGCAGUCAUUUUCAUCCGUGAAAACCGAUUCUGAUUAUAUCUACCAAAGCAACAAUUUAUACGAAAGUACCCAAUUCAGCGGAGCACCUCCGAUCAACCCUUUAUACGUAGCUUCCCUCCAGAGUCCGGACAGCAUUACAGGAUACAGUUUAGACAGUCAAAUAAUCGAUUUACCAUCUGGAAGUAAAGUUUAACUUGGACUGUCACCUUUGAUCUAUAUUGUAUUAUAUUAUUUUAUAUUACUCUUUCGGCGUGUAAUAUUGUAUCGAUUCUGUAUUGUAGAGUAUCCAAGCAAAAACGAAGUUUACGUAUUAUUUACACUAUAAGCGUAUUUUUCUGAUAGUUUCUAUUGGAAUAAUUCUGACUGAUGGCUGUUUAUACAAAUAUUGUACAAGUUUAGAUUUAGAUAGUACUUUUAAAUAACGUGGUGCGACGUUUGAUUCUUAUUAAAACGCUCAUUACCGUAUUUCUAACGCAAAAAUAUUUUUUUUCCUUGAAAAUUCAGCAUGAGUGUAGAUUUAUAGAGUUUUUUUCGUUUUGUUUUUUUUUACUUUGUAAUAUAUUUUUCUAUUUGAAUAUGCGCGCGCACGCAUGUUUCUCUUGCGUAGAACGAAUCGAACUUGUUUAAUUUUGGACCAUUGUAUUGUAGAAUGUAGUUUUUUUUGUUUUGUUUUUCCCCUUUAUUAUUUUUUGCAUCGUAGAAACAAUCAUAUUGAGCGAUGUACACCUAAGAAAAAUAUCUAGUCAUUGCAUAUUGUUCGUUUUGUUUUGAGUUAUGAGUAGUUGUGAGAAUUUAUAAACGAAUAAUGAAUCCAAAAUUAUUACGGAAUGUAUAAAUAUGUACCGUGUACCUUACCUAGCUACCUAAUUACCUAAUUUUUAUAACAUGCAUGUACAGAAACAUGCUUUUAAAAAUCGGAAUUAAAUAAAAAAUGCCAUAACGACGACUUUGAAGCGAAAAUCCGUCCUAUUGACUGCAUCAUGUCGUGUUUUUAUGUCAUUUUUCGAAAAAAAUAAAUAUUAAUUGACUCAUUUGUAUUGUAAUCUAUGUAUUGAACAAUACACGCGAAUAAGAUCUUUUCAUCAUGAUUUUGCUUCGCGUUAUCGCUAUUUUAAUUACAACUAAUUAAGUACCUACUAUAUACAUUUCCAUUGAUUUUUAAAAAUUACACUUGUAUUGUUGAUCGUUGAUAAUAAAAUGAAAAAAAAAAAAUUUUG